GCCGUUGGCUGUUCGCAACCAGAAUUGAACCUUGAACACUCCAGCUCUAUUUACCACAACAACAACGACGCCAAUCGAGCAUGCUAGCAAACAUCAAUAACAGUGUGAACUGCUGAGAUUGGAAGCAAACUUUUGUUGUGGAAGGUUAUCAGUAAAAAUGAUCUCAAACAGAUGUGUGCAACUGAGCACCAAAACCUCCGGUUUCACAAAAUGUAUUGGUAUGGUAUGUACCUCAGAUGUAAAAAGAAGCAAGUACACGGUCGCAUCUGAAGACAAGUCAAUAAGAAGCAAAUAUAAUGAAAACAUUCCAACAAAUUCAUCGGUGUAUGACUUCAUUGUCAACAAUUUUGUGAAAAACCCAGAGAAAAUUGCACUGAUCGAUGGAGUUGGCGGAAAAAGCUACACAUAUGAAACCUUGCAUGGUCUUUCAAAAAAGUUCGGAUCAGUUCUUACGAAAUGCGGCCUUGGUUUUGACGACAAAGUUGCCAUUUAUGCUCCAAAUUGUAUAGACUACUCACCAGCAGUCCUUGGCACUCUGGGCAUCGGUGGUUGUGUAUCAACAAUGAACCCUCUUUACACACGUCGUGAAGUAGUUAAACAAAUUGAAGACUCUGGCUCUAAAAUCUUGGUGACAAUCGAGCCACUCCUAAAAACAGCGCUGGAAGCAGCACAAGAAACUGGCGUGAAGCGUAUUAUACUUCUAGGUGAUAGUGAAAGUAAGCAACAUGGAAUUAUUAACUGGGCUGAUGUUCAUAACGAUCUUGGAGACGAAUUCAAGAACAACUCGUACAAAAUCGACACAAAAGAGCAUUGCGCUUUUUUGCCGUAUUCAAGUGGCACAACAGGGGUGCCAAAGGGUGUCAUGCUGACCCAUCAUAACAUCGUUUCAAAUCUCAUUCAGUUUGGGAAAUUCUUAGAUCAUAUUCCACGUGAAAUUAUCCUGGCUAUAUUGCCUUUUUUCCACAUUUAUGGGUUAGUCACUAUAUUGCUCAGUGCCAUUGAGCAUUUGAAAACCACUGUAACAGUUCCUCGAUUUGAGCCGGAAAUGUUUUUAAAGACGAUACAAAACAAUGAGGUUGACUAUGCCAGUUUAGUACCACCAUUACUCCUGUUUCUUAUCAAAUCGCCGGAAGUGCUGAAAUAUGAUAUCUCGAGCCUCAAGGUUGUAACGACAGGUGCCGCUCCGUUUGGUUCGGAUCUUUGGAACAGUUUUGAUAGCCGGUUUGGGAAAGCAAUCAAAAUUAUUCAAGGUUAUGGUUUGACUGAGACCAGUCCGGUUGCAACACUUACACCGGGCGAUGAUGUAAAGCUCGGUUCCGUUGGGAAGCCUGUUCCAAAUUCUGAAAUCAAGAUUAUUGACAUAGUCUCUGGCGAGUCUCUAGGCCCUUAUGAGCGCGGCGAAGUUGUAAUCAAAGGGCCUCAUAUUAUGAAAGGGUAUCUAAACAACGAAAAGGCGACCUCCGAGUGCUUGUCUAAAGAUGGUUGGUUUUAUUCUGGUGACAUCGGCUAUUAUGAUGAUCAGCAUAACUUCUUUAUUGUUGACCGUCUGAAGGAACUCAUAAAGUACAAAGGUUUUCAGGUGCCUCCUGCUGAACUUGAAGAUAUUCUGAUGUCUCACCCAAAUGUGAAUGACGCUGCUGUUAUUGGGAUUCCUGAUGAGGAAGCUGGAGAACUUCCGAGAGCCUUUAUUGUACCCAAAGGCGAAAUCAGUGCAGAAGAAAUUAUGAGCUACGUUGAAACGGCUGUCGCUCCACACAAGAAACUAAGAGGUGGUGUACAGUUUAUUGAUGUCAUACCCAAAGCUGUGAGUGGCAAAAUCUUACGAAGAGAAUUGCGUGAAAAAUUUGUUUCGUAACUUUACCUAAUUUCGACAUACCUAUAUCUUUUUUCGUAGUAUUUCUUCUUUUUUUUACUACCUUAAUAGAAAAAUAGAUUAGGAAGACUCAGAAAGAGAAUCGCUUAUAAUACCUUGAAAUCUGACUGGUCAGUUCAAGGUUUUUGCGAACCUUAGCGCGAAUUUUCACCAGUGGACUGGAUUUUUUUUGUUUCGACAACCAGCCAAACUUCUAACAACCAGACGAAAAGAUAGUCAAUCUUGUAUAUAUUAGUGAUUUUAAUGUAAAUAUUGAUUGCAUAUUCUCGAGAUUUUUUCUUGUUAAGUUGGUUUAACAGUUGCUAUACCUUUAUAAACAGUGCUACUGCAAAUAAGUAUCGAUGCAAAUUUUUCCUGCUCGAUAAAGAUUUUAGAUAAAGAAAUAAUCUUAACUUUUUGUAAUUAAUGAUAUUGAGGGCCUUAAGUAAUUUGUAAGUAAUUAUUUUAAAUCUUAAAGUCUUGUCUUGAACAGAGGAUCCUGAAGGCAGUGUCAGCAGUAGCCUCUUUGGAAUUUCGGAGACCAUGCCCUUAUUAUUCUACUGAAAUGCUCCAUGCAGUUCAGUGUCACAUACUUUUAAAAUUAUCUGCAGCUUUGGUUUACAUAAUUUGGGACUAGCUAUUUGGUCACGCUUAUGUGCAUCAGAACGUUUUUAACCUCAAAGCACCCUAAGUGUUAUUUAUUCAUGCUUUCUUGAAAUGAAGGGUACAAGAAGCCUUGAAAAGUUGGAGCAUGUUAGAAAGAACCUUAUCAACGCCUAUUGGGUAGAUAGAAUGUGACCAUGUUAUCAAAAGGGCCCCUUAAACGGGCAGUUGAUACUAUUUGUUUAGACAUCAUUUUUUCAAAUAAAAUGGUCAUUUUCAAAGAUGAAAGUGGUACUUUUACUUGAUGGUAUUUUUUUUAUGAUUUCCAGAAAAGUUCAAAUGUCCCUACAGUAGCCCUUAUGAAAUGAAUGAAAUUUUUGUACCGGUUUCAAAUCCCAUCUCACUCCUUCAGGGUCCUGAAACUAAAAUACUAAUUGUUAUAGUAAAUUUAAAAUGUAGCUAAAACUAAUGUGUGAACAUAAUUGAUGUGAUAAAUCGUUUCUUAAUGUUGCUUAUACGUUUCUGACCAAUCUCUGUUUGAUGAAUAUUUUGCUUUACAUUAUCUUCCGAUUUCAAUUUCCUUUACAUUAGCUACCGAUUAAUAUUUCUACUCUUGAAUUAGUGAAACGAAAGUGGUAUUGAAAUCUUCUCGUACCGCUUUAUUCCUGAUUUCUGCCAUAUGCCUCAAGAAUUCAAAUUCUUUGAAAGAAAAGGUGAAAAAAGAAAGAAAGAUUCAAAAAGAAAGAAAGAAAGAAAGAAAGAAAGAAAGAAAGAAAGAAAGAAAGAAAGAAAGAAAGAAAGAAAGAAAGAAAGAAAGAAAGAAAGAAAGAAAGAAAGAAAGAAAAAAGAAAGAAAGAAAGAAAGAAAGAAAGAAAGAAAGAAAGAAAGAAAGAAAGAAAGAAAGAAAGAAAGAAAGAAAGAGGGAAAGAAAGAAGGAAAGAAAGAAAGAAGGAAAGAAAAAACAAAAGAAAGGCACAGCAUGCUCUUGGUAAUGUAGACUUGAAGCCAUUCCAGGAACUAAACAGAAACCUACUUCAUUAAAGAAAUAGGUAAAAAAUCUAUGAAUAAGCGAUACAAAGAACGCUGGAAAAUGCUGGAUUAUGGCAGCCUGGAUGGGGAGGGGGCCAAAAUUGCAAGAAAUUAUAAAAAUCGAGAUGCUGAGGAAACUAUGAUGAAAUGGAAAAUAUGUUCAGAUAGUGAAGAAAAUUAUUGGAGAAUUUAUGCCAAAACAGACGAUUUAAAUGCAGAAUGGAAAAGACACUGACAGAGAGUGUUGAUAUAAAGUGAAGAUGGGUACAAUAUUUUUCAGAGCUACGUGAAUUGUACUAGACGAGACGAGAGGGGAAGAACAAGAGAAAUAAAUGAGAUUUGAGAAUACGGAGAUAAUAUCUCUACGAUCAGAGGUAGAAUUGGUAUUGAAUCUUGGCAAGAAGAAAGUAUCCAGGGAUAGACAACAUUCUAAUCGAGAUGUGGAAAGCAAGAGGAAAAGUUGAGUAAGAAAAUAUGUAACAAAGUGAAGGAAAUUAAGGGCUGGCCACGAGAUUGGCACAGUACAAUCCUUCAUUUUCUCUCAAAAAGUAAGACGUAGGAGGAUGAUGAGUUAUUAGACUAAUUGCUCAUGCAAGUUUAAUAAUUCUGAAACUAAUCAUAAAAAAGUACUCUUUUUGAAAUGUAGUUGGCUGAUUGGGGCAAGUCUUGUUCUGCAAAAACAUGAUUUUAAAGAAGAUGCAUUUUUCUGGACACUUUUCAAGGGAGAAAGACUAAGCAGGCAGGGCUGUCGCUAACUAGUGUGUUCAAAUGGGGUUUCCAGGUCAUUUUGCUGACAAAGUGGGUGAGCCAUACUUUGCCGAAUAAACACCCCUAGAUGAGAAAGAACUCCUCGCAUAGCAACAUAGAUUUUUUCCAGGGGGUUUCACACCCGUCAAUCCCCUUUAGCGACAGCCCUGUAGACAGGUGCAUUAUAGAGGGAAAGGACGAGGAAAAAGAUAGAAGAGAAAAGCCGCUUACGUCACCAGCAAGCGACAUUAAAAGAUAACUGGAGGAAGUUUUGCUGAUGCAGAUGAUGAGGCGGCAGUCUGAGGAGGGUGGCUUGCUCUUGUAGUGACCUGAACAGUGCACUGAGUAACAACUGACGGAAAGGAAGGAAGUUUUUCUAUGCAUUCUACGUUGGUAUUACCGAAACAACUUUCCGAAGCCUUUGAUGUAAGUAAAUGAAGAAUAUCACUUUUUCUCUCUUCAGCUAUAUGUUAAUGUGUUUAUAAGAAAAAGAAAUCAGCGUAGUCUUGUUCACAUUCAUAGCAAUUAUUUGGAUGGAAAUGUAAUGAAACACAAAGCGUUAGCCAAAUUAAUCAAAAUAUCGCCUGAUGUUCAUGAUUAAGUUGGAUUAGCCAGUUAUCAAUAUCUCCCCUUUAAAAAAACCACAAAAAGCAUCUGGCCAUUAUCAUUUGAUCUUGUAGCAGUUCUUUUCUGGUAUUUGAGAUAUGUUUCAUUAUGGUACUAACUAGUGCAACCCUUUGAUAUUUUUUCGUUAGUUUAGUAUUUUGCAGUCAUGAAGUCGCUUCAGAAAAGAGAAAAGUUACAAGAUCCUGUACUAAGAUUUCCUUAUAACGAUCAUAUUAGCUCAUCAACUGAUUUACUCAAAAGGCAAGAAGAUGUGCUGUGUUAAGUCUCGUAUUAAGGAAUUCUUUGAAUAGAAACCUGCAGGCAAUGAAUAAUCUGAAUCCAUCAUUUAUGAAAAUAUUCUUCAAACUCAGGUCUUCACACUGUCCUUUCAGAAAUUCUCAUGACUUAAAGCAUUUAUGACAAAAUCAAGUAACUUUUGGUUCUAUAUGAAAUUGGCUGAAAAGUAUUAUAAUUUGAACUUAUGGCAUCUGAGGCUUUUGGAUCCUGUUUUAAUUGAUCCAGUAUCAUUCAUUAACAACUAUUUGUUAUAGAAUGAAGAACGAAUUGCAGAUAAGGAGACAAAUUAAAUAUAGAUUCAUUGCUAUCUCUCAUAACUAACUUUGCCUUACAAGUAUUUUCAGAAACAUUUAUAAAGAUACUUCAAAAAAAUUAACUUUUUUGAAUUUUUAAACUGUCAGGUUUUGAAUUGUAAUUUCAGUUGAAUGAAUGUCAUAGCUUUUGAAAUAGCAUUGCACAAAUUUUCAAACCAACAGAAAUUGGUGCUGCAUUUUAAAGUGAUGAACAUCUAGAUUUUAUCGGCUCUCUGCAUCAAGGCAGCCCCCCUAUGCAUAUAUUCUAUUUCAAAAGAGAUGCAGAAAGUAUUGUACCUAAGUUAUUUGCUAGAGAAAAUGUUAAAUUAAUUUAGUUACUGACAAUGAUUGAUCUACGUUAAAGUUACACUACUAUUUUCUGCAGUUGUUUCAGAAUUUGCUUGUGAUCCAGAGGAAGAUUCUGUCACCAAGGCAAGAGUUGCACCUUCUGUGAUGUCACUCUUCAGAGGUACUGGGGUAGCAGUGAUUGUAUUACUGUCAUUUGUCAAUGAAGCAGCGGCAUCCAGCUUUGGAAUAAUUACAGGUGUUGAGUCAGUUGAUGUAGCCAUGAGGGGUGCAGGGAAACUCGGUGUUCCGUACCCUGGAUGAUCAAUUGACUGAACACUUGACACUGCCUGUAACAUCUGUUGUGGUAUCAAAGUAGUACUGGUAGAUGAAGAAGGUGCCAUUGACUGUCCAGGAAGCUGGCUUGUUAGCAGCGGAGCUUGCAUUGACUGAGUUGGCUGGUACCCAAGAUGUAAAUUAGCUAAGUUCUUUUCAAUUUCUAUAAAACAAAUUAUAUUUACUGGCUUCAAUUACUUUUAACUUUGCAUAAAAUACUUCAAACUUCCAAAUGCUGGAAAUUGUGGAACUUAAGCCUGAUUUACACGAGACGAAUUUUUUCGUGCGAAGCGAAUUUUUCGCCGCGAAUGCGCGAAAAAUAUGCGCAGAAGUGGAGAUUAGAAAAUUUUCGCAGCGAAUUCGCAGCGAAUAAUUCGCUGCGAAAAAGUAGAAACCAUUCCUACUUUUUCGCUGCGAAUUUUUUCGCCAUGUAAAAUAAACCAAUCAGAACAGCAAUUGAAGACAUCUGACACGAACCCAAAGGAAGGGCUAGGCCGAAUGGUGCUACGCAAUGUAAACAUAUCUAAAUCAAAAGUUUGCAAAACGACAGAAAACUACGCAAUGGUUCAAACAACAACAUGGGUGAAGAAUGAGUAACCUAUGACUAGGCCUAAACAAUGCUGGGAAAAUCCCGCACCUAUAACAUAAACAAUGGAAUGGGACGUUUCUAGCAACAGGCGUCUUUGGUGCAAUAAACGAUAAAAGCUCCUCAUAUGUAGUUGGCGACAUUCGAAAGUAAUUAUUCCUGACAAUGUAAGCGUAAGUCACUUACCAAAAGAUGAAACUCCCCCUUCUGCAGAUGUUCUGAAUAAAUUUUCCUAACCAAGUACCCAUUUAUUUGCUUUUUUGCUCGCUUUUUUUCAAUAACAACAAUCUUCGAACAGACGCCAUUUUCUUUGGCAUUAUUCGCGGCGAAUUCGCAAAAGAAAUUCUGCCAGUGGAAAUUAAACUUCGAAUUCGCAGCGAAUUCGCAGGAGAAAAAUUCGUGGCGAAAAAUUCGCUUCGCGCGAAAAAUUCGUCUCGUGUAAAUCAGGCUUUAAAGGGACUUAAAUCUAACAUUAUUUGUUCUUCAAUUGUUUCUUUCAUUAUUUUUAUCAUAAGCUCUUUCAUUGGUUCAUAAGUUUGUUCAUAAGUAAGUUAAAUCUGUGAACACAAAUUCAGUGGGUUAAAAUGUAAAUACCUAGUUUUAACAAAUAUCUUAUAAUUAAAAUUUCGAUAUUUAUUAAAAAAAUUGAGGAUUUUACUAAUAGUAUUUAAACCUGUGGGAUGUUUAGAGGGAGAUCCAUCUCCAACAAGCGAUACUUCUGUAAAUCCACCUUCUGUCUGAGAUGUUGGUAUAAUUGGGGGUGACAUCUUAGAGCUUUCAUCACAAACUGGAAUUCUGUGCAAAUAUCCAUACCCAAUUCCACAACCAAGACUAAAAAAGUAGAUAUAAUGUAAAAAAAUCAGACCUUUCAUAGAAUAAGAAGGUGGCAAAAUACUAGGAGACAUUUCUUUAGAUCUAUAAGACUGGCUAGAAAGCAAUGCUGUAUUGAGUAGAACACAUUUUCAAUAAUAACUUCAUAUUUUGUCAAAGGUUCUUACCUUCCUUCUCCACCCCAUUGUGUAUUUGGUGUUAUAGUUACCUGUAAUGAUAUAAGAUCUUCUAUCAGGCCUGGCAUAAUGACCAAGCAAUCAUAGAAAGUGGGCAGAGCUCAAUGAAGAGCACCAAAGUGUAAUAUAAUCGAAAAUAGAAUUGUAUCAUUUUUUGCUUUUGUGAAUACCUUCUUAAAAAGCAACCAUUAAACCUUUGACACAUUGAAUGAGAUAAAGCAACUAAGAUGCAAACAAAGUUGUGCUGAUAAAAAACUAUUUCUUUUGUCUGCUUCAUAGGUUUUAGAGCAAAGAACAGAUUACAGUGAGAUCUUGGGGGAAUUGAGCUUACUUACCUCUCGGCAGCCAUCUGUUUCUGAAUUAUAAACAUAGAAUUUAAGUGGCUUUCCUUCUUGUCCUUCUAUAAGUGUAAAAAAAUCCUCUGCCUGCAAAAGAUAUAUACAUAAUUAUAUGAAUUUUCUAAAUAUCCCUUUUUGUCAUCUAGACAUAAUAUAUCCUUAAAAAUUGCAAGGCACCAGCAUAAAGUCAGAUACCUCCACAUCUAAACAUUCAAAAUUCAAUGAAAGUAUAUUACGAGUCAAGAUUAAUAGGCAGAGUGCUCUAAUGCCAAAUAGACCAUCUCUGUAUUCUCAAAGCGAUAGUGAAAAUCUUUUGUUCUCUAGCUAGUUCCAAUCCCUCGGGUGGGCCACACCAGUGACAAAUUGAUGGUAGACAGAGGUUAUUAGACAGUUGUUGGUCUAUAGACGUGCUGUUCCAAAUUUUAUGCAUAGAACAGAGCAGGUCUAAUCUGCUACUUCAACUAUGAUGGCAGUUAUAUUAAACUGUGACAAAAUCAUAAUGUUCUUCAUACUUAGAGCAUCGAGUCAUGAUAAAAUGGAUAGUUUAUACCCAAAAUAGCAAAAUCUGCUGAGUCACGAUUUUUGUGCUUGUGAUUGGUUGACCUGAAACUAGUCACAUGUACUCACCUCAUACUGAUUAAGAAAACAGUUUCUAUUAAUAGAAAGUUGUCAAAAAUGGAUGCCAAUAUCACAUGAAACUGUAGCAAUUAUGCCGAAACCAAAUGACUCAUUAAAAAGAAAGCCUAUUUACCAUGACUCAAUGCCUUAAAGCAUGUAUAACAUGGUCUACAAAAAGGAAGCAUUUUAACGCUCAAGGCAGUAGUCUACAUGGCCAGAAUCUUAUAUUUAUUAUACAACAAUAUAAAUAUAGCAAAUCAUAUAGCAGGAAAUAUUUUGAUGAGUUUACCUCAUGUAAAAUUGAGUCAGCACCAAUGAUAUAGUCUGUAUUUGACCUGAGGCCUGCAAUAUCUGCUGGUGAAUUUGGUUGCACAUCCUUCAAUAAAUAACAAUUAGAGUAACAAAAUGUCAAAGUUUGAUUCAUAUAUAUAAAUAAAAUUAUUUUUUUGACCAUAAGUUCAUAUAAUAUUUCAAGAUCCAUACAUUCUGAGAAAUAUAUGAGACUUUAGUUGCGUUCAUUCUAGCAAAUGCAACACGAUAUACUGUCAGGCCUGGCCAUUUGAGGAGAGCCAUAGCUCUUGCUCCUCUCCAGGCUCUUCUCAAAUGCUGGAGGAGAGCUACAGAUUGCUUUCCUAAAUUGCUCUGAAAAGCAAAUUGCUCUUCUUGAAAUCAAUUUUUCCUUUGUUUAUAUUCUUAUGUAUCUAGAAAUAGCUCACCUGGAAAUUACUAGGAGAGCUAUUUACUGCUCCACUGCUUAAAUUCUUAUGGCCAGGCCUGUACUGGGCAUGGCAAAAAAAUUAUCAUGAUGUUUUCUUUCAAUCUUUAUUGAGUUCAAAAAGGUAAAUAAAUGGCACAUACCAGCACAUGCCAAACAUUUUCAUUUGCACCUUCAAACGAGCAAAAUCUGAUACUGACACCUAUAAUCAAAACAAAAUCAGUUUCACAAAGUGAAUUAGAAAAUAACUAAACUAGAGAUGUAUUGGAAAUAUGCAUUCAAAGGAACUAUAACUUUUGGGAAUAAGAAUGAAAUUGGUGUUUUUUUCUAUGCAUGGAGAUGAUGAGAUUCUUCAAUCAUACUUCACUAACUGUUCCUGGGAAUACCUUAUAAGCAAAAUAAAUAAGAUUCAAUAAUAUGUUUAUGAUUGAAACAAUACAUUACCAAGUAGUCCUUGUCCUCCCCAAAAGUUGCUUGGUGUUAUGCUAACUUCUAUAACGUAAAACGUAAAUGUUUUAAUAAGAAAAUGUUAUAAAUAAAACAGAUUUGGUAUUAAAACAUUUUAUUAAAUCUUAGAGAUAAUAUGUAAUAAUGAAAACAUUUUUUAUUUUAUAUUCUUCUACUUACAAAAGUAACCUCACUUUACAGGUAGUUACUAUUGGCUAGCCUGGUGACAAGUUUAAUAAUAAUAAUAAUAAUAAUGAUAAUAAUUGAAUGUUUCAACAGGAUAACCUAUCAGUACAAUUUAUACUGUUAUCAUUAGAGUCCUGAUACUUAAUAAAUUAAUGGUAAAAGAUCUAGAGGUUUGGUAAAAGGUAAAAGAUAAUGGUAAAAGAUAAGACAUAAAGAUAAGAUAAGUAAAAGACAAGACAUAAACAUAGAACAAACCUCUAGUCUUUCCUGUCUUGCUACUAAAAACAGUCAUUUUUACUGGUUUCUCUGCAUUUGAUUUCAGAAUAUUUUUCAAUGCAUCAUUAUCUGUAUCCUAUGGGGAGAAAAAUACUAUUAUAAAUUAAAAUGAAUUUUUCAGUAUCUUCAUUGCCUGGGACAAAACAUGCCAAUGUCGAUUGUCAUUACCCAGUUAAUUGUAUUUUAAAGACAAAAUUAUUUUCAUUUGUGGUCAUAUAUUGAAUUGAAAUUAACAUACCAAUCUAGUGUUUUCUACCAUGACAACAAAAUCAAAAAAUGGUUCCAGGCCUGCCUUGUAACCAGGAGAGCCCUCUUGGACCUGGAAUGAGAGAAUGUAUGAGAAUGUCAGGCCUUACAGGUUAGGGGGCCUAAAAUAUUUCAAACAUUUCACAAAAGAGCACAAAAUUAAAUAACCUACAAGCAAGAACUGCAGAGCAUGUUACAGAUUGCAGGGGCUAAAACGUGUUGGGAUGGGCUUAACAUGCUAAAAACCAAGAGCAGAGUGACUUUUGGUAUGACUUUCAGUACAUUUUGGAGAUUAUUGGAGGGGUUGAAGCCCAUGUAGCUUCCCUGCUUCCACGGUUCCUGCCUACACAUACCAAAGAUAAAUCUUAAGCAGUAAUUCUCUUCCUAAAGAGUAAAGGGAUAAUAUCUUCUUACCCCAGUUUUAAGCAUAAAUGUCAAUUUCACUUCAUGGACAAAUUUAAGGACCAAUCUUUCCAUAACUAUGGUUUUAUUGUAUAAUUAUAUUUAUUACUAUAUUACUGUAAAUACAUUUUACUUUCAGAUAUUUUCCCACCUUUUAUUUUUAAACCAGGCUGGAAACAAGCUUUGGACUUGAAGAAACGACGAAGACGAUGAAGAAUGAUGAAGAAACAUGGAAAACUUACUGGUUUCUUAACUUUGGUAAAUGAUAAAAUUAAGGGAUGAUUGAAAUGUAGGGCCUAUUUGGUUAUUGCUGUUUCAUAAACUACAUUUUAUUGGAGAGGGUGGUUGCACGUUUCUUGUAUCCUUGAAAAUAAGCACUUCCCUUCCUAUAAUGGCAGAAAAAUGCUUCAACAGCUCGAAUGUUUUGAAGAUACUUCAAAUAGACGUUAAAGAUCCUCUAAAAUCAUUACAUUUUUUUGAUGAAAAGUUCAUCAUAUUCUCAUUGCUGACUUUUUGUACUAAACCAAAUCACAAAUGUUUGGUUGUUUGUCAGUAAACCAUAUCGCGCCAAAUGUUUGAAAUUAAUCUUUGAUACCAAAAAGAAAGAACUCUGCUGGAAAAAACUUCAAAUUCUGAACAGAAUAGAGCGCAACUGUUAUUUUCUGGGCAUAAAUUUCCUUGAAAUGAUUUCAUGGCCUAAAACAUCUACUACUUGAGCAUGCAUGAAGAGGGAUGUUAUUACUUUACAAAACAAUACAGAUGAAUUGUAACUUACCCUAAGAACAUGGUACCCCUCAGUACCGCCACCAGGGACCUCUACAGCCGAUGAACCGAUUCCCAUUGCAAUAUAAUUAUUCAGUAUUUACACCAUUUAGUCCCCAAUUGACUUUUGAUUGAAAAUCAAUCCCUUAGCCUCUGGUUGAAAUUGUAUUUUAAAGUUUAUUGACUACGUGUCACGUUGUUGUAGACAUGAAAACUGUGUCAUGGGUUUUAGGAAUUCAUCUUAGCUGUUAGGAAAAUGAACAUUUCCAAAAAUAGCCCCUUGGAAGCAAUGACAAGUAGGAGUUGGACACGCGGGUUAAACCGCGCAUAACAUGGGACCAUUUAGAAGUCCUUUUUUCCCUGUGAUUGGAAUCACUUCCAUGCUCCCAGCAUGCUGCUCUUCCUCUUAUGACCAUUCCCUGUUCUGCAAGAUGGCGGCCACAACUGAAAAAGAAAAUGUUAUGCGAGACAUACGCAUCCAAAAGCUAUGUUUAAACAUUUGUGUUGGAGAGAGUGGAGACAGACUUGUAAGAGCUGGAAAAGUACUUGAAGCCCUAACAGGACAAAGUCCUGUCUUUUCCAAAGCAAGAUUCACUGUCAGAUCUUUUGGAAUCAGAAGGAAUGAAAAAAUUGCUGUACAUUGCACUGUUAGGGGACCAAAGGCAGAAGAAAUCCUUGAAAAAGGAUUGAAGGU